AUGGCAACAGGCAUGACUGAGUAUGGCGCUGCCCGGGAUGGCGGUUACAAGAAUCCGGAUGAGCUUUCGACAUCGACACCGGAGCAUGGCAGCCAGACUGAUAAUGAGCUCAAGGAUCAAGAGAAGUUCGAUCCGGAACUCGCGCUGGGCGAGCAAUUGACGGUCCAUGAAGGCGAGCAGAAGUUCAACAAGCUGGGGUGGAAAGCAUUGACGAUUUGUUUGAUCGUGGAAGCCAUUGCGUUGGGAUCGCUGAGUGUUCCAAGUGCGUUCGCGACGGUUGGCAUGGUACCUGGUGUCAUCCUCACAGUCGGUCUCGGAUUGAUUGCCAUCUACACGAGUUAUGUCGUUGGCCAGGUCAAGAUGAAGUACCCUAAGGUCGAGCACUACGCCGAUGCGGUGCGGUUGAUUUGGGGACGUCCGGGUUACGAGCUGUGUGGUGUCAUGUUCGCACUCUUCCUCAUCCUCCUAGUCGGCUCCCACGCCCUGACCGGUACUAUCGCGUUCAUCCGAAUCGUCGACCAGCCAGGCCUCUGCGCGCUGAUCUUCUCGGUGGUAUCCGCGAUAAUCCUCUUCCUCCUGGCCCUCCCACCGACCUUCCACGAAGUCUCCUUCCUCGGCUACAUUGACUUCGUCAGCAUCAUCGCCGCCAUCCUCAUCACAAUGGUCGCAACCGGUGUCGAAGCCUCCAAUGCCCCUGGAGGCCUCUCUGCCGUGGACUGGUCCCUCUGGCCACCACCAGACACGUCCCUCUACAAGGCCUUCCUCUCUUGCACCAACAUCAUCUUCGCUUACUCAUUCGCCGUCUGCCAAUUCUCCUUCAUGUCGGAGAUGCACACCCCCAAGGACUAUGUCAAGUCCAUUUGGGCACUUGGCUUGAUCGAGAUCUUCAUCUACACAAUCACCGGCGCCGUCAUCUAUGCUUUCGUUGGUAGCGCUGUCAACUCCCCGGCACUUCUCAGCUCCAGCUUCACGGUCUCCAGGAUUGCUUUUGGCGUCGCUCUGCCAGUCAUCUUCAUCUCUGGCUCGAUCAAUGGAACUGUCGUCGGCCGCUACAUCAUCACCAGGGCAUUCCCAAACUCCAGCAUUCGAUGGGUGAACAACACCAAGGGUUGGACAGUGUGGGCUGCUCUCAUUGCCGCCAUUACCAUAAUUGGCUGGAUCAUUGCUGAGGCGAUUCCAUUCUUCAACGCUCUGCUCGGUCUAAUCUCGUCCCUGUUCAUCUCUGGCUUCACAUUCUACUUCCCAGCUCUCUUCUGGUUCCAGCUGAUCAAGGAAGGGAAGUGGAAUGCCAGCACACACAACAUCGUGCUUUCCCUGGCGAACGCUGGAUGCCUCAUCAUCGGUGUUGCGACUCUGGGGCUUGGAACGUACGCCUCUGUGCAGGAUAUCAUGGACCAGUAUAACUCCGGCUCCGUGAGAGGAUCCUUUACGUGCGAUAGUAGUUCGUAUGCAUAA